AGAGUUAUUUUAUAAUGUAUGUCGCGCAAGUUCUCGUAUUCACAGGUCUUUUAGCAUCUGUCAACGCUUAUUCGUUGUUGCUCUGCACUGGAGAAGACUUCAUUGGGACCUGUAAAACCUAUUCAGGAACAACAACUAAAGACGGAAACUGUGUUGACUGGAGCUCGACAUCUUUGAAUGACAAGGUUGAAUCGUUUUAUUAUCAAGACUCUAGCUGUGCAUCUAUACAAUUUUUCCAAGAUAAACAAUGCUCAGGCACAUCGUUGGGUAUAUCAACAGGUCCAUGGCAAAAGAUAGUGACCAGCACCGCAGGCAAAACAAUGUCAAGUGCAUGGAUUGAUAAUUUGGGUUGUUAUUCACCAUAAUCAGUCACUGACCUAAUUAUGAAUAAGAAAUAACAAAUAUUUAAUUUAGUCACUCAUUCUUUACGAAUAUAUUUUUUAAAAUAGCUUAGCUUUCACCAGCUGCGCUGGGGUUUUUAUGAGCGAAUUCAAGGAAUUGGCUGACCAAUGUAGUCACGUGACCAUAUUUAAUUUGCUCACUGAAACUCGAAAACAUCAAUCGGC